AUGGCGUCAGGGGAAGCAGAGCCGCUGCAGUAUACGACCACCACACUGCGGGUGUCCAUCCACUGCGAGGGCUGUAAGAAGAAGGUAAAGAAAGUGCUCCACAGCAUCGAAGGCGUGUACAAGGUGACGGUGGACGCGGCGCAGCACAAGGUGACCGUCACAGGCAACGUGGAAGCCGAUGCGCUCGUCCGGCGGCUGCACAAGGCCGGCAAGCAGGCGGUGCUCUGGCCUUCACCAGCGCUGGCGCCGGCACCCGUCGAGGCCAUGAAGCCCGAAGAGGCGCGCUUCUGCGCUGCCAGUGGCAGCCGGGGAGAGCGGCGGCAAGGACGCCAAGCCCAAGGAGGCGGAGGAGGAGGCGAAGGAUAA